UGGUUCGUCAGCCGCUCUGUUCAAUCGUAGGAGCGCUCCUGGUCGGUUCCCGCAGUGCCUUGCGGCUGUAAUGGCUGCCCCCAGCUGGCGCGGGGCUAGGCUUGUUCAAUCGGUGUUAAGAGUCUGGCAGGUGGGCCGUCAUGUCGCGAGGGAGCGGGUGAUCCCUUUUUCCUCACCCUUAGGCUUUCAACGGAGGUGCGUGUCCUGCGUCGCGGGAUCCGCUUUCUCUGGUCCCCGCUUGGCCUCGGCUUCUCGCAGUAACGGCCAGGGCUCUGCCCUGGACCACUUCCUCGGAUUCUCUCAGCCCGACAGUUCGGUGACUCCUUGCGUCCCCGCGGUGUCCAUGCACAGAGAUGAGCAGGAUGUCCUGUUGGUCCAUCACCCUGAUAUGCCUGAGAAUCCCCGGGUCCUACGAGUGGUCCUCCUGGGAGCCCCGAAUGCAGGGAAGUCAACACUCUCCAACCAGCUACUGGGCCGAAAGGUGUUCCCUGUUUCCAAGAAGGUGCAUACCACUCGCUGCCAAGCUCUGGGGGUCAUCACAGAGAAUGAGACCCAGGUGAUUCUACUUGACACACCUGGCAUUAUCAGUCCUGGUAAACAGAAGAGGCAUCACCUGGAGCUCUCUUUGUUGGAAGAUCCAUGGAAGAGCAUGGAAUCUGCUGAUCUUGUUGUGGUUCUUGUGGAUGUCUCAGACAAAUGGACACGGAACCAGCUCAGCCCCCAGUUGCUCAGGUGCUUGACCAAGUUCUCCCAGAUCCCUAGUGUCCUGGUCAUGAACAAGGUAGAUUGUCUGAAACAGAAGUCAGUUCUCCUGGAGCUCACGGCAGCCCUCACUGAAGGUGUGGUCAAUGGCAAAAAGCUCAAGAUGAGGCAGGCCUUCCACUCACACCCUGGCACCCAUUGCCCCAGCCCAGCAGUUAAGGACCCAAACACACAAUCUGUGGGAAACCCUCAGAGGACUGGCUGGCCCCACUUCAAGGAGAUCUUCAUGUUGUCAGCCCUAAGCCAGGAGGAUGUGAAAACACUAAAGCAAUACCUCCUGACACAGGCCCAGCCAGGGCCCUGGGAGUACCACAGUGCAGUCCUCACUAGCCAGACACCAGAAGAGAUCUGCGCCAACAUUAUCCGAGAGAAGCUCCUAGAGCACCUGCCCCAGGAGGUGCCUUACAAUGUACAGCAGAAGACGGCAGUGUGGGAGGAAGGACCAGGUGGGGAGCUGGUUAUCCAACAGAAGCUUUUGGUGCCCAAAGAAUCUUAUAUGAAACUCCUGAUUGGUCCGAAGGGCCACGUGAUCUCCCAGAUAGCACAGGAGGCAGGCCGUGACCUCAUGGACAUCUUCCUCUGUGAUGUUGACAUCCAUCUCUCUGUGAAGCUCCUCAAGUGACCACCCUCUACUGACCCUCCCAGGGCAUUCCAGCUCAAGCUGCUGGUGGGAACUGACCAGAUCUGUCCUUGGCUGGGGACCCUCCAGGCACUGGUGAGAGACAUGAACACUGACUGGCCGCUAGCUGGCCUGGCCCUACUGAGUCUGCACAGUCCCUGCUCAGCUGUGUCUUCUGUUGGAAGAAGGAACCUGCCUUAGCUCAGUUUCCAGGUGGUUCCUCUGCCUGGGACCACAGCUACAAAGGUGUAGCUAAGAAGAUGGCCCAUUGGUGGGAGCAAUGUCACCCUGCCUCCAGCUAGCUAUGGGCCCAGAGUUUCUCCCUGAGUCGCUGUUGCUAGCAGGGAGAUUUCUCUUCCUGCCCUCACUUCCUUCACCUUGAACUUGGAUAAAAACUCGUGUCUCCUGAGUGAGGUCGCGCCACCCAUCUGCUCCCCAAUUCUUGAUCUCUCCCACCCCAUCCCUCUCCCCAGUCUUGGAUACUACUAAAAUAUAAGCAUUCUGGUUCUCAUCUUUA